AUUAAUUUUGCGAGGGAAGUCAAGGGUUCGACUCCUUUUCUUAGCCACUAGCUGUACUUUACUCCUUAUUUUUAAUUUUUUUUACCGAACUAAUGUUUUACUCCUUAUUCUCUUACUAUACUCUUUUUUGGACAGAAACCUAGAGUGCUUUUUUUUUUUUUUUUUUCCUUUUCCUUUUCCAUUUAACGUAUCUUUGUUGCUCUCUCAUUCUAAUGACUAAUCUCUUUAUUUAUCUUAAUUUCUUACACAAAAUUACACCAAAUUUUCUAUUUCUCAUAUUCACUAGUACAAUUGGCAAAUAUAGUCUAUAAAUUUAAUUGAUAUAGUUUUUAAACACAAGUUGCUGAAAAUUUAUGAAAAUAUAUUUUGCUAUAUUUUAGAAGAGAUCGAUAAUUGGCCUUGAAAGUACUACUAGUAUUGUAAAUGAAAUUGUAUUAAAAUAUGUAGCAGCAAUUCCUGAUUACAUAAGAAAUUUUGAACAAUGACUUAGAACCCGUUCUCUUUAGCUUAAAUUCAAUUCAGUUCAGCUCCAAUCAGUUCAGUUGAGUUUCUAAUUUCCUUCUUUCAUAAACAAUUCAGUUCAGUUCAGUAAAUCAGAACAUACCCUUACUUUUGAAUGGUCUUUAAACCACCAACUACUCCGUCCAAUAUAAAUGAGUACAUUAAAAAAAUAAUAAUAAACAUAGAGAUAGUGUAUGAUCUAAAACCCCAUCCGGCCAUUCUCCCUAAUCCAAAUUUAAUUACACUAUUGAAUUACGAGCCGAUUAUAACUUUAGGUCCAAAAUUGUGAUCAACUUCCAAAGAGUAAGGCAAGUAAUUUACCACAAUAAUUUCUUACAAUAAAUGAACCCCUCCAAUCCUCCAUCCUACCCCAAGAAAAAAUAAUUUCUUUUUACACACAAAAAAAUAUAAAAAUGCAAGAAAUAAAUACCUCUGAAAAUUAGUUGAAGCAAGUCAAGAAAAAGAAAAUUAAUAAUAAUUAAAAGCCAGAAGCAACCCAGCUGAGGCAAUCUUUUGCUCUGACUUUGAGCUAUAGGGGUGAAACAGAAAGUCACCAAAAUCUUACCAUUUUUGCAAUCUAUAGCUUACUUUCAGAAAUGAGUGACGAAUUAGAACCACUACAAAAUAAUGAGCAAGUAGUAGCUGAACCAGAGUCUGAUCAUGCAGUUGAACUUGAACCUGACCAUGAACCCAAAGUUGAUCCUGUACCAGAACUUGGAGUUGAACUUAAACCUGAACGUGAACCCGAACCUGUUCCUACAGAUUCCUGCCAGGAUGUUGAUAUCGAGCCACUUUCAGGAAAGCCUUACUUUCCUAUAGUUAUUGUGAAAUCACAUAUCGGCCUUGUUGCUUAUAAAUAUCAAGUGAUAUUACCUAUACAAUUUUCUCAAGCCCUUCCCAACAAAACAAUCCCGGUCAUCUUAACUCGUGGUGGAAAAAGUUGGGAGACAACUUAUUUAGGUGAAAAUGCACCGUCUUACAAAAGGUUCGACUCUAGGUGGAGAGCAUUUGCUGAGGACAACAAUCUAAAGGUUGGAGAUGUUUGUGUUUUCGAGCUCGUGGAACAAAGUGAUACUUUGCUCAAGUUCAAGGUUCAGGUCCUUCAAGGCGACUUUCCAUCUAUGUUACUAAACAAGGAAGAUGGUACCAUCAACAAUCCCAUAGUUGUUGAAUAAAAUUAGUCAUGCUUCUUUCUCUAGUAUGAUUUGCUAGGUUGUUUAUUAGUAAGUAGUCUUUUGUUAGCUUGUUUAUGCAAUAGCUGUGCUAUUUUACAUAUAGCUUGGUAUAGCGUAUGACCUCUCCGUUCAUGUGGUUUUUGUCUCACUGGCUCAAGCAAAAAUUGUAAUAUAUAGCUGCUAUGUAUAAUUGUAUACAAGUUAGAAUGGAAGUACGCGUAACGAGCAGGGUUUUGUUUU